AUGCGGUUUGGAGAAAUCUUCAUUGACAUGGUAUUUAGACUAGUCUCUAACAAUUGGUAUUCAAUGUUAUUGAAUGGGCAUGCUAAUGGCUUUUUCAAAUCUAGAAGAGGAGUCAAGCAAGGAGAUCCUUUAUCUCCUACAUUAUUCAUACUGGCAGCACAUGUGCUUGGGAGAGCUUUAGAUGCUUUAUUCGAUAAUCUGAAUUUUAUAGGAAUUGGCAUGCCAAAGUGGAGUCACAAUAUCAAUUACCUAUCCAAUGCAGAUGACACAAUCAUCUUUUGUUCUUCUCAUUAUGGAGCAGUCCAACUUGUCAUGAAUGUUUUGGGGGAAUAUGAAGCAGCUUCUGGGCAGAAAAUAAACAAGCAAAAAUCUUCCUUCUAUAUGCAUGAAAAAGCACCAGUAGAAAGUGAAUUCAGAUGUCCAAUCUUUUAUAGUACAAGGCAGAAGGAGUUCUACAAAAACACUCUCUUCAAAGUGCAGGAGAGACAAUCAGCAUGGAAAGGUAAUGGAAGGGUAAAACAUUGGGCUUCUUGGGGUACAUUGUGUUUGCCUAAAUAUGAAGGAGGACUUGGUUUUAGAUCAAUGCAUGAUAUUUCCAAAGCUUUGUUUGUGAAACUGUGGUGGAACUUUAGAGCAACGGAUUCUCUAUGGAGUGCUUUUAUGAGAACUAAGUAUUGCAUGAAGAUCAAUGAAGUGAUUGUGCCAUGGAGAAGGGGUUCUCAUAUGUGGAGAAAAAUGCUUCAAAUGAGAGAUGAAGUGGAACAUCAAAUAUGGUGGCAGUUGAAGAGUGGUAAUUCCUGGUUUUUGUUUGAUAAUUGGACUGGAUUGGGACGUCUUUAUCAUGCAUCAGGUCCUGAUCAUUGGUGUGAUGAACCUUAUAAAUUUGUUGGUGAGGUGAUGGAGAAUGGUACAUGGAAUGGUAAGCUUGUCUUAAAUUGGUCCAGGUAUGAUGGCGUAUAUUGGUGGCAAAGCACCGCAGCUGCCUAUGUUUUUGAGGUUGGGAAGCAUGCUAUCGAUGAAUUCGCGUGGAUUAUUUAUUAA